AUGGUGCUGUCUCCUGCCGACAAGAGCAACGUCAAGGCCGCCUGGGGUAAGGUCGGCGGGCACGCUGGCGAGUAUGGUGCGGAGGCCCUGGAGAGGAUGUUCCUGUCCUUCCCCACCACCAAGACCUACUUCCCCCACUUCGACCUGAGCCACGGCUCUGCCCAGGUUAAGGGCCACGGCAAGAAGGUGGCCGACGCGCUGACCCUCGCCGUGGGGCACGUGGACGACAUGCCCCAAGCGCUGUCCGCGCUGAGCGACCUGCACGCGCACAAGCUUCGGGUGGACCCGGUCAACUUCAAGCUCCUGAGCCACUGCCUGCUGGUGACUCUGGCCGCUCACCUCCCCGCCGAGUUCACCCCUGCGGUGCACGCCUCCCUGGACAAGUUCCUGGCUUCUGUGAGCACCGUGCUGACCUCCAAAUACCGUUAA